AAUUUCCGAAAAUUCCCUUGUGUCACUUGCCUCUGACUGUGUAUUUUUACACCUACUCCCAUGCGGCUAUAUAUAAGAUGCUAAGCUUAUAUUUCCCCAUCAACAAGUGUAUCCAAAGUUUUAAUUUUUCGUGAUCUUUUAAUCACCAUGUAUAGAGUUGCGAGAGCUUCAGAGUACCUGGUAAUCACUGGCGCCGGGAUCACUGACAUAAAAAUAGCGAAAAAAGCAUGGAUUUUCCCGGGACAAUCCUGCACCGUCUUCGAUGUCUCUCCAGUGAACUAUACCUUCGAAGUUCAAGCCAUGAGCGCUGAAAAACUGCCCUUUGUCCUCCCUGCUGUAUUCACCAUAGGCCCGCGCCUCGAUGAUGAUGAGAGCCUUUUUUUGUAUGCCAAGCUUAUUUCUCCCCAUGACAAGCUCUCGCACCAUGUGAAAGAGCUUGUGCAAGGCAUAAUUGAAGGAGAAACUCGUGUCCUUGCAGCUUCAAUGACAAUGGAAGAGGUUUUUAGAGGUACUAAAGAGUUUAAACAGGAGGUUUUCUCGAAAGUACAGCUUGAACUCAAUCAGUUUGGACUAUUAAUCUACAAUGCAAAUGUCAAACAAUUGGUUGAUGUUCCCGGACACGAGUAUUUUUCAUACUUGGGACAGAAAACGCAGAUGGAGGCGGCGAAUCAGGCCAAAGUUGAUGUGGCAGAGGCGCGGAUGAAAGGAGAGGUUGGAUCAAAGUUGCGAGAAGGACAGACGCUUCAAAAUGCAGCCAAGAUUGAUGCAGAGACGAGGAUUAUAGCGACGCAGAGGCAAGGGCAGGGGAGGAAGGAGGAGAUAAAAGUGAAGACUGAAGUGAAAGUGUUUGAGAAUGAGAGGGAGGCCGAGGUGGCACAGGCGAAUUCUGAGCUGGCAAAGCGAAAGGCGGGGUGGGCAAAAGAGGCGCAGGUUGCUGAGGUUGAAGCAGAGAAGGCCGUGGCGCUGAGGGAGGCGGAGUUGCAGAAGGAGGUGGAGAUAUUGAAUGCAUUGACUCAGACGGAGAAGCUGAAGGCUGAGUUCUUGAGCAAGGCCAGUGUGGAGUACGAAACCAAGGUACAAGAAGCAAAUUGGGAGCUGUACAAGAAACAAAAGGAGGCAGAAGCUAUUCUAUACCAAAAGGAAGAAGAAGCAGAAGCUCAAAAAGCCAUAGCUGAUGCCACAUUUUAUGCACGGCAACAAGUAGCCGAUGGGGAAUUAUAUGCAAAGCGAAAGGAAGCCGAAGGACUAAUGGCACUGGCACAAGCACAAGGCACAUAUAUCAGCACCCUGUUGAAGGCAGUGGGAGGUCAUUACGGUGCACUAAGAGAUUACUUGAUGAUUAACGGAGGAAUGUAUCAAGAAAUCGCGAAGAUUAAUAGCGAGGCUGUGAGAGGAUUGCAGCCGAAGAUUAGCAUCUGGUCUAAUGGAGAAAACAGUGGUGACGGAAAUGGUAUGAAAGAGAUUGCAGGAGUUUAUAAAAUGUUGCCACCUUUGUUUAAGACAGUGCAUGAACAAACGGGCAUGUUGCCACCAGCAUGGAUGGGCACUCUGAGUAACGACUCUUGAGAUUAAUUCACUCUGCAUUGUACUUGCGUAUAUGUUGGGGUACUGCUUAUGCGUGUGUCAAUAAUAAAAUUUUUAUUGUUUUAAUAAAAUUUGUUAGAUACU